CGCAUUUUCCACAUGGAGGGCUGACUGCUUGUCCUUCCUGUUCCAAGUAUAAUAACAAGGAUGGCGACCGCUGCACGGUUCUUACUCCGAGGUUCCCGAACCAACAAUGCCCAGAGCUGUCUCGGGACUUCCUUGCUCAAGCUAUCCCCGAGCUGCAGCUCUCAAGUAAAGACACAGCGGAGACAUGCACACUUCACAUAUCACCCUGACCCUGUUCCCACAAACUAUGGCCCCACUACAAAGAUGAAUUUAUUCCAGUCUGUGACCAGUGCCUUGGACAACACUCUUGCCAGUGACCCCACAGCAGUGAUCUUUGGGGAGGAUGUUGCCUUUGGAGGGGUGUUCCGGUGCACGGUGGGACUCAGAGACAAAUAUGGGAAGGACAGGGUGUUCAACACUCCGCUGUGCGAGCAGGGCAUUGUGGGAUUUGGAAUCGGAGCUGCUGUGGCAGGAGCCACGUCCAUUGCCGAGAUCCAGUUUGCUGACUACAUCUACCCUGCCUUCGACCAGAUAGUGAACGAGGCAGCUAAGUACCGGUACCGUUCGGGGAACCUGUUUGACUGUGGUAAGCUGACCAUCCGGGCGCCGUGGGGCUGCGUGGGUCACGGCUCCCUCUACCACUCCCAGAGCCCCGAGGCCUUCUUCGCACACUGCCCCGGCAUCAAGGUGGUUAUCCCCAGGGGCCCAGUGCAGUGUAAGGGGCUGCUUCUCUCCUGCAUCGCUGACGACAACCCCUGUAUAUUCUUCGAGCCCAAGAUCCUGUACAGAGCUGCAGUGGAGCAGGUUCCAAUGGAGUCCUACACCAUCCCCCUCUCGCAGGCAGAGGUCAUAGAGGAAGGAAGUGACGUCACUCUGGUUGCCUGGGGAACGCAGGUUCAUGUGAUGAGAGAGGUGGUCAUCAUGGCCAAGGAGAAACUGGGCGUGUCCUGUGAGCUCAUCGAUCUGCAGACCAUCCUGCCCUGGGACAGUGAGACGAUCUGCAAGUCAGUGGUGAAGACUGGACGUCUGCUUAUCAGUCACGAGGCUCCAGUCACUGGAGGGUUUGCUGCUGAAAUCAGCUCCACCGUGCAGGAGGAGUGUUUCUUGAACCUGGAGGCCCCCAUCGCCAGGGUGUGUGGUUACGACACGCCCUUCCCUCACAUCUUCGAGCCCUUUUACAUCCCGGACAAGUGGAAGUGCUUCGAGGCUGUCAAGAAGAUGAUCAACUACUGAGGCCCACCUGGGACAACUGAAGGAGCUGAACCCAGAACUUCAGUCUGUUCACCAUCACGCUAAUGGGCAGCCGUGAAGAACAUCCAGUAGGCAAUAUAUGUUGGAGGCUGUGUUUCCAGUUGUUUUGUACAACCUCAGACUGUUAUCCCUCCCAUCCCCCUCAUUCCCUCCACCCCCGGUUAUUGUGCUGCAUGGGGAGGGGGGGGUCACUGUCUUGUACCCGGAGGGGGGUGGUGGGGCUGCGUCCGUCGGUCUUUUAUAUAACUUGCACAAAAGUUUCGGUCGAAAAUGUCAUUCAGAAAGCUUCCUAUCAACUAUAGCAAAAAUAACUUUUACGAUUGAAUUAUUGUUUAAAUUUUGAAUUAGUACAUUAGACUUGGAGCAUUUACCUCAACCUCGUUAUGGUGAGCUGUUACGGUCUGAGUUUCAUUGUUUGAUGUCUGUCUGUCAGCCUCUCUCUCUGUCAUUCUCUCUUUCUCCUUUUCUUUUUCCUUCUCUCUGACUCAUUGCCUUCCUCAUUUCAAUUUUGUUAGACACGAACUUAUGUGACAUUAAAUAUAUUGUACGAAAUAAUGAACUUUUGGUUUGUAUGAAAAAUAAAGUGACGGACUUUGCUGUGGUA